AUCAGCAGUUACAGCAGUUUUGUGACUUCUAUCAGUGUUCAGCAGACUACAUGUUAAGGCUUGUAGGAGGAGUUUUUAUUCUUCUCUAGGAGGAUGCAGAACCCCUGACCUCGGUCUGGACAGUGCUGAUUGGCCCUAUGCUAAUCACAUGCACUUUCCCAAGAAAAAAAAAAACGAAAUCUAGCAAUACACACCAAACUGAGCAUGUGCAAAGUGACUCCACACGAUAUGCCUUAUCAGGAGAUAGAGGAGGGGCACUGGAAGAAGGGGAGGAUCAGAGAAGUCAGGGUCAAACAUCCUUAUUACGCAAUGCAGAGGAUUAACCCCUUAGGUUCCACAGUGAGUAUAACAAGCAUGCUUUACAGCAUAUACAGACUGAUUGUACUGUUGUGGGUUUAG